AAAAAAAUGCGCAAUAUGCGUGGUCGCAGAUUUGGGUCACUCAACUUUUGUUUCUGAUUAGAUUCAAUGAAAUAGAAUGCGAAUAUACGCUUUACAGCUUAUCUUUGAAAAAUAAAUAUUCUUUUAUUCGGUCCUGACAUUACGAUGAUGUAUAAUCACGUGACCUCCACGCGGAGAUUAAAGAUGCCGACGCAACUAGUGCAAAGUGUUCCGACUAAUUAUACCGAUUAUACUGUGUUUGUUAAUGUUAAGUUCAUCGUUUUCUUAUGAUCGAAUCCAUCGACUCGCAAAUCUCAAACGUUCUCCAAGAGAUUCGAAGAAUACUUUUUGAAAAAUAGUCUUUCGUAAUCUUCUUUCAUCUUGACAUUCCAAGGUUACUGUAAAACAUACGAAGUAAUAAUUCGAUUCUUGGUGUAACUCUUAUCGAUAAAACUUAUCUCUACAUUGGGUCGCGUGACCAUAAUCGCCGCGAAAUCGACUCGAAUCGACAAUCUCCCGGCGCAUCCGGGUGUUAGCCACCGGAAGUCACAUGUAAUCUAGUUAUCCGCGAUUUUCGAAAAUGUAUGAAAACUUGUUCAAGAGUCCGCUGCACCGCGUAUUCGUGUACGGCACGUUGAAACAAAGCGAGCCGAAUCACGGUCUUAUGAAGGACACUGCGAAUGGCUACGCCAAGUUCCUAGGCCUCGGCAAAACAACAGUCCAAUAUCCUUUGGUGAUCGCCACGAAGUAUAACAUCCCGUUUCUGCUGAAAAAACCCAAUACUGGCAACUACGUGUUCGGAGAAAUAUAUGAUGUAGAUUCCAAUAUGUUGAAGAGAUUGGACGAAUUGGAGGAACACCCACAGUUUUACGAGCGAACGGAAGAAACAGUUUUGCUGGCGUCGGAGGCUGCGUUUAAGUCUGAAAAAACUUUUGAGGAGGUCAGCGAGUCGACGAAAGCCUGGAUAUAUUUUUUGCCAAAAUUCAAGUCCUCUUUACUAGAUGGUACCAUGUACAAAUCUUACUCUAACAACGGAAGUCAUGGGUUGAAGUAUUGCGAGAAGUAUGUUCGCGAUUCGUCCUACGAUCACAGAAAAGAGGUGCUAUAAAUCAUUGCCGGCACUUUUGUCUCUUUGCAGCUACGAGGAGGCGGCGAGCCUCGAUGACGUUCUUUAAAUGUUCAACUGGAUGCUCAGUCAUGACGAGCGCAUUCUCAUAAUAGAUACCGUUAAUCCUUGUAAAUUCGGGGAAAAUGACGGCAGAAAACAAUGAGUAACUUAUAAGACUCUUUUGUAUAAUUCUACACACAGUGGCAUAAAGUUUUAAAGCUUUAUGUCUUUAAGAGGGAGCAACUCCAUC